AUGCGGGGUGGUGUCCUCUUUCUGGCUUCCCUCGUGGGAGCUAUGGUUCCACUGCAACCUCGAUCUUCGAAUAUGGACUGUCCUGGAUACAAGGCUACCAAUGUGAAUCAGCGUGGUGCUUCUCUGGAGGCUGACCUCACCCUAGCCGGGGAUCAUUGCGACUCGUACGGUACCGACCUGGAAAACCUCAAGCUUCUGGUGGAGUACCAAACAGAUGAUCGGCUCCACGUUAUGAUCUACGAUGCGGACGAGGAAGUCUACCAAGUUCCCAAGACAAUUAUUUUUCGCCCUCCCCACCGUCACGACAAUCAGCAUGAGAAUUCCAACCUUCGAUUUGACUUCGAACCCGAACCGUUCUCGUUCAGAGUUCUGCGUGGCGACGACGUCCUCUUCGAUACUUCGGAUACGAACCUUAUCUUCCAAUCUCAGUACCUGAAUUUACGCACCUGGCUACCCGAGAACCCGCAUCUCUACGGACUCGGAGAACACAUUGACUCGCUGCAGCUACCGACAAAGAACUAUACUCGCACACUAUGGAGUCGAGAUUCGUAUGGGCUUCCAGAGCUCGAAAAUCUGUACGGAAACCACCCGGUCUACGUGGAUCACCGAGGUGACUCAGGCACUCAUGGCGUUUUCUUCUUGAAUUCCAACGGAAUGGAUAUCAAGAUCGACCAGAUGGACGACGGACGCCAGUAUCUGGAGUACAACACGCUGGGUGGUGUGUUUGACUUCUACUUCAUGGCUGGUCCGACGCCGAAGGAUGUGAGCAAGCAAUACGCGGGCGUCGUGGGACUGCCUGCGAUGCAGAGCUACUGGUCCUUUGGUUUCCACAAUUGCCGAUAUGGAUACCAAGAUAUCUACGAAGUCGCCGAGGCCGUUUACAACUAUAGCCAUGCUCAUAUCCCUCUGGAGACCAUGUGGACAGAUAUCGACUAUAUGGACAGGCGUCGUGUUUUCACCCUGGACCCCGAGCGCUUCCCACUGGGUAAGGUGCGGGAGUUGGUGCAUCAUCUCCACCAGCACCAUCAGCACUAUAUCAUGAUGGUGGACCCUGCUAUCAGUGAUAGUGACAACGAGGCCUUCCAACGAGGAGUACAAGCGGAGGCUUUCCUUCAACGCGAUGGCGAACUAUACAACGGCGCCGUCUGGCCCGGCCUCACAGUUUACCCUGACUGGUUCAGCCCAGGAAUAUCAGGUUUCUGGAACGGAGAGUUCCGCCGCUUCUUCAGCGCACAAGACGGCAUCGACAUCGACGGCCUAUGGAUCGACAUGAACGAAGCCUCCAACUUCUGCCCCUGGCCCUGCAAGGACCCAGAGCAAUACGCCAAAGACAACAAUCUCCCCCCGACACCCCCAGCUGUGCGUUCGCCGCCCCGUCCUAUCCCCGGCUUCCCACAAGACUUCCAGCCGCCCAAGACGUCCAAGCGAAGCGACAAGCGUCGCGAUACUUCCAAGCGCAGUAAGGCCGGUCUGCCAGGCCGAAACCUCAUUGACCCUCCAUACAAGAUCGCCAACGGAGCCGGCUCAAUCAGCAACAAGACCAUUGAUACCGAUAUCAUACACACGGGCGAAAGAGGCUACGCAGAGUAUGAUACUCACAAUCUCUACGGAACGAUGAUGAGUUCCGCCUCACGCGAAGCAAUGGAAAAUCUCCGCCCCUUCAAACGACCCCUAGUCAUAACACGCAGCACAUUCGCUGGCGCAGGCAAACACGUCGGACACUGGCUAGGCGAUAAUCUAAGCCAAUGGGAUAAAUACCGACGAUCAAUCGCGCAAAUGCUCGCCUUCGCCUCGAUCUUCCAGAUUCCAAUGAUAGGCUCGGACGUGUGUGGAUUCGGCGGCAACACGACCGAAGAGCUCUGCGCGCGGUGGGCCAUGCUCGGCGGCUUUUACCCGUUUUUCCGCAAUCAUAAUAGCAUUGAUUCUAUUCCGCAGGAGUUCUAUCGGUGGCCUGUUGUGGCGGAGGCGGCGAGGAAGAUUAUUGAUAUUCGGUAUCGGUUGCUGGAUUAUCUUUAUACGGCGUUUCAUCGGCAGAGUGAGACUGGUGAGCCGUUUCUUCAGCCGUUGUUUUAUUUGUAUCCUGGUGAUGCGAGGACGUUUGGCAAUGAGGCGCAGUUCUUUUAUGGGGAUGCGAUUCUUGUUUCGCCGGUUGUUGAGGCUGGUGCGACGAGUGUUGAGGCGUAUUUUCCCGACGAUCGGUUCUAUGACUGGUUUACGGGGAAGAUUGUGCAGGGGAUGAAGGAGAAUGUUGAGCUGGAGUCUGUUUCGGUCACGGAUAUCCCGAUUCACAUUCGUGGGGGCAGCAUUAUUCCGUUGCGGAGUAAGAGUGCCAUGACGACCACCGAGUUGAGGCGGCGUGGGUUUGAGAUCCUCGUUGCGCCAAACCCGAUCGGAUAUGCACGUGGCGAGUUGUAUCUUGAUGAUGGGGAGACGCUGGUGCCGAACGGUACCUCGCUGGUGCAAUUUGAGUUUGUCAAGGACAAGUUGAGUAUUCGGGGUCAGUUCGGGUAUCAGGCUGGGGUUGUGAUUGAGUCUGUUACGGUGUUGGGGCAGAACGGGCUGUCGAACCGCAGUGCUGCCGCGAAUCAGACGGACGGAGCUGUUCUGUUUGAUGAAGAGAAGGGGAGUGUGACCAAGAAGGUCACGAUUGAGUUGAAUGGGCCUGUUGUGGUGGAGAUUUAG